CUUAGUAGGUUUUGAGGAGCAAGUAUAUCCGUGGGAAAAAUAUGGUGUUUAUAUAGUAAAGAAUUAAAACCCCAAGUUUUGUGGAAACAACUUUGUUAAAGCCCAAAUUUUGGAAACAAUAAAUGGGCCCAUCUUUUAAAAGCUUGUAAAUAUAAGGAAAGAGCUCUCAGUUCUCCAACGAACUUCUCGCUCGGUAACAAUCUCAGACGAACACACACACCACCCCUCCGAUCAUUCUCGGGUCUCUCUCUUGUCUUCUCCCGUAGACUCCCUUCAAAGCAAUCUGUGCACAGAUGGAGAGGGCGACGACACAGCCACAGCAGGCUCCACCGGUAGCUGAGGAGCUGAAUCUAGACUACGUAAAGAGACAAACGCAGAGCUUGCAGCAGGCCAUAUCUCGAAUCCUUGAAGACUUCGAAGCUUAUUCCCAAACCAACACUUCUCCCAAAUGGAAGGACAUUCUAGGGCGAUACAAGAUGAUAAAUCUUGACCUCUUUAUCCUUGUGGAAGAAGUAAAACAAGUUUCCAAGGCCUUCGUUGUGCUUCCGAAGAACGUGAACGCCGAGAACGCUUCAAUUUUACCGGUUAUGUUGGCUACCAAGUUACUCCCCGAGAUGGAAACUGAUAACAAUGUCAAGAUAGAUCAGUUGCUUCAAGAUGUUCAGAGUUUGCCUGUGCCAAUGCAAAUCGAAACCCUAAAGGAGAGGAUUGGUAGGAUUGCAGAAGCUUGUGAAAACGCAGAGAAAGUGAUGGCUGAUGCUCGUAAAGCUUAUGGAUUGGCCCCCGAUCGAGGAAGUCCUUCUAUGCUUCCUACUACUAUGGAUAAAGCUCAAGCUGCAAAGAUUCUGGAGCAGGAGAACAUGCUACGUGCUGCUGUAAACGAAGGUGAAGGACUAAGAUUGCCUCCAGACCAGAGACAGAUCACCACUGCACUUCCACCGCAUAUGGUGGAUGCGCUAUUCGUCAACGAUGCAGUGUUUAACAGCAGCGGAAUGAUGCAAACACAACAGUCUCAGUCUCAGUCUCAGCAACCAGAAAAGCAGCAGCACCAACAACAAGGAGGAGAGCAUUGAAAUAUGCAGACCAAUCAGCAGAAUCUUACAGCCUGACAUGUUGCAGAAUGCGCAACAAAGACGCCACCAAAACCCUCAAUAAAAAAAUAGUUCCAUUUGUAUGACUUGGGCUUUUAAUGGGCCUCAUUUUUGCAACUGUAUGGUUAAAAACGUUAGCAACUUAGCAUAAUGGGUCUCGUCCAUUCUUACUAUGAUGAUAUUGUUGAUAUAACACCCGACCACUUGGUUUUGUUCUGUACUUCACCUAUUUUGUAACUCUUGUUCUCGCAACGUGCGGCCUGUAACACGAAGCAGAGAUCGGACGGUGUAG